AUGGAAACGUUUAUCCAAUACUUUAGAGUAGUAAAGUCUCAAUUUUUUGUUGUGUUUGUAGAUAUGAAAUGUCAUGUAAUAAAUGUAGUUUACCUUGGCCCACUUAUGCCUUAAAUUAAAAUUACAUAUAUGUUUGUAUAUAAUAAAAUUAUAUACAAUUAAAUAGUAAAAUUUCCUUUGGUUUUUGUCUUCUAAAGUGUUCAUUAAUUUUUCACGUAUCAUAGUCAUUUUCUAUUAUUACUAUUCAGAGUAUAAACACCUUGUGGAAAUCCUACGUAUGAUUUCUCUUGUCAACCUCGGUGUUCAAUUGAAUUUAACGAUCGAAUUAAACCGAUUUACUUUCAUUACGAUAUUCGAGGCGAACAAGAGACCAGAACCAGAAGAGAAAAGAAGAUGCGAGCAAGCGAGUAACGGUACAUAGUGGGUAAUAGCAAUCGUGACUUUACCUCUUAAUUUGCAUAUUAGAAGGAGAAAACUUACUUGGCUUUAUACGGAAUGUAGAAAUUUCAUUUAUUUUUUUUCAAAUUUAAGAAACUUUUUCACUUUCACUACAUGUAUAAAAAUCAAAUCACUAUAUUUCUGUGAUUCUUAAUCUGAAAAUAUAAUAAGAAGUUGAUCAAAAUUACUUGAAACUAUUGAACUAUUAAAAUUAAUUUAAUUAGAAAUGUCUAUAUCAUCUAAUUAA